AUGGGGAGAAUCUCUGGAAAAAAGGAUUUGACUGAUAACGAAAAAAGAGCCAUCGUUGUGGGUCGUCAAAACGGACUGACCAUGAUGACGUUGGCAGGAAUGUUCGGCGUGACAGAGGCGUGCAUUUCUCAGUUCCUAAAGCGUUGGAAAGCUCAAGAUGGCUCUACUAAGAGCCAACGCACUGAAAGAUCACGUGUCACUGAUGGUAAUGACGAUAGAAACAUUUUGAAGACGUCUAGAACCGAUCCAAGACUCAGCGUCCCUGCGAUCAGACGGGAAGUUUGCUUGAAUUCGCCAUCUCCGCCAUCCUUCUCGACCGUGAAACAACGUCUGAAUGCUGCUGGAAUCAUGGGAAGACGUUCAGUGAAGAAACCGCUGAUUUCUGAAAAGAAUCGAGCCGCCAGGGUGAAGUGGGCGAAGGACCAUCUCAACUGGACCCGUCAAGACUGGAACAAGACUCUGUGGUCCGACGAAACGGUCCUCCACCAUGUUUCACAGUGGGUAAUUGGUAUUUUGGAUGAUAUCUGGACCCAAUUGGUCUACGAACCCGCUGAAUUCCGUCACUCCCGAAGAGGAGGAGCUUGCUUUCGUCGGACCACAGAAUCUCGUUCCAGUCUUGACGGGUCCAGUUGA